AAAUCCCUAAAAGACUUCCCUUUCACUCUCUCUCUCUCUCUCUAGCGUAUUUGGAGCAAAUAAAGAAAAUAAAUUAUUUGCUUUUUUAAAAUCUCUAUCGUAGUCAGAAGAAUCACACUUAGCUUAGCUUACUACUCAACCCGGAUCGCCGCAGAGUUGUUGACUCAGUUGACAAUGUAAAACCGCUCUUGUAGAAGCUCUGCAGAGACGGCUGUAGUAAAGAGAAGAAAAUUUGAUUUCUUUUAGUUUAGAUGGAAAACCCUAAGACCCCGGAAACCCAAGAAGCUCAAACCCUAGAUGUUAAAUCCCUAGAAGAGGCUUCUGGGUUGUUUGGUUUCAGUAAGAAUUGUACUGGGUUUGAUUCAGAUUUGGAGCUUCUUGUCGAUGGUGAUGAAGCUGUUGAAACAAACGGCCACAAUGCUGUGGGUCUUGAGGUGGAAGCAGUUAAAGCUGCAGGUUAUGCUGAAGGAAAGAAUUCGGAGGUGGGUGCGGAUUCUGUGGUGGGCAUUGCUGUAGAGACCGGUGAUGCUGUUGUUCAAUUUGAAGAGGAUGUUUUGGAUGGGGAGACUGUGAACCAAGCAGCCUAUGUGCAGGCUCAAGGGGAUGGGAAGUUAGAAGACUUGGAUGGUGUUUUCAAUGAGGAAGUUGAUGACGGGGAAAUGAAAGAAGAUGCAAUGUUGGAUUUGAGUGGAGUUAACUCUGUGAAGAAUAUUGAUGUUUCUGGUGAUAGCGUAUCACUCUAUGUGGACUUUAGUGGUUCUUUUGCUGGAUUUAAUGGAGACACCCAUGAAGAAGCACGUUUGGGGUUAAUGAUGGGAGAUGAGGUAUCAACAGAAGCUCGAGAAGAAGGGAAGGAAGAGAAUCAGGAUUUUAAAUUCAGCGUGGGUGAUAUUAUAUGGGUUAAAACCAAGUCUGGGACGUGGUGGCCUGGAAAGAUUCAUGAUGCUGCUGAUGCAUCAAAGUAUUCUUUGAAGAGCCAACAGGAACAUUGCCUACUGGUCAGAUACUUUGGCAAUGGUCAUGUGAGUUGGUGCUACCCAUCUCAGUUGAAGCUUCUUCGUGAAAACUUUGAACAGAUGUCACGCCAAAACAAGGCUAGGAGUUUCCUUGGAGCUGUAGAGAAAGCUGUGAAUGAAUUUGGGGAGCUUGUGAAAUCAGAAAUGACUUGCUCUUGUAUCUUGAAAGGAGGUGGGGUGUUUGAUGGCAAUGCUCAAAUUCAGGAACGACUUCUUGUUUCGGGUAGCAAAUACGGUGACCUGGAUGAAUUUUCACUGGCUCAGUUUGAACCUGAGAAAUUUCUUUCCCAGCUCAAAUAUCUAGCACAGGUUGUUUCCAUGCCUAGCAUGCUUCAGUUAGCUUGUGCAAAGGCUCGUUUGUCAUCUUUCUAUUGUUUCAUAGGACAUAGCCAAUUGCCGAUGCAGCAGCUUCAAGGAAUACCUGAUGGGGAUGGCAUUGCUGGUGAUGUGUUGAUGGCCAGAGAUAACACUAACGUUCAAGUUAGAGAUCAAAACUCAAGGUCUCAUGAUGGGAGCUCACAGUUCACGAAACGAAAGAAGGAGGAUUUCCAAGUUCAAGAAGAAGAUCUCAACAUCGCUACAUUGGCUUCGCUGUCUAAGGAGGAGGUGAAUUUUCUCUCGGGAUCUCCAAAUAUGGGAAAUGUAGAUGCAGGGGGUGAUGAGAAAUCUGACAAGGGCUUUGACUUGAGAGAACGAAAAAAGAGCAAGUAUUUGUCAUAUCCCUAUGUAAACUGGGGACAUAAAGGUUUUCCAGAUGAAACAGAAGAUUCCAAGGCUCAGCUAGUUCAUUUUGAAGGUGCGAGCAUGAAUUCAGGUGAUGGUCAGUUUUCAGGACCUCCUCCAGUUUCUAAAAGUAGUGGCAAGAGAUUUCAGAAAAAGUGGUUCAAAAAGUUUGUGGGUGAGGUUAGUAUACCUGCUAAUCCAGAGUUUAUAAAUGCUACUCCAGCUAAACUGCUCUCUGAGCUUCGUUUUACAGCAGUGGAUUGUCUCUAUCCAAAAGAAAGUGAAAAUUUUGAGGUAACGGAGUGGUUCUUUUCAAGGUACAGAAUUUCCCGGUAUCAUGAUGAGUCAGUUUACGAGAUGUGUUGCAAGAAUAUAACUGGUCAGAAAGAGGCUACAGCUUCUGAGCCCUGCUUAUUGGAUAAACCAAGCCAGGAAAUUAAGCAGAUUUCUCCUGGUGCUAAAUCUGAACCUGAGAAGAGAAAGAGAAGAACUUCCAAGCAUUCUGAAAAUGGAAUUGUCACUGAUCCACCAGUCCUGGUUGUCCUACCCAGCGUGAAACCUGAGAACAAGAUACAAAAGAAGAAUAGAGGCAAGAACUCAAUGAGAUCGAAAGUUAGAUCUCUGUCUGGUCUAUCAGACGUGAAUAUAAACGUUACCACAAGCAGCUUAUCAUUAGAAGAUAUUGAGGAGAUGGGUCUGCGGACUAAAGAAACUAAAGACAUACCUGAUUUGAAUGCCAAUGGUACUACACCCAGCUUGUUGACAGACGUUUCACAGCUUAUGACCCAUGCUGCUUUGGAAGGCAAACCUGAGCGAAAGAAGAGAAAGAGGAAGGGGAAAGUUGCUUUACAGUGCACAAAGGGUGAAACAUGUGUUGCCUUACCCAAUGAAAUCAGUAACAAUGUAGAUCCCAUUCCAUUGCUAGUAGAUUUGCAGUUAACAGUACCGUACUCAAUUCAUGAUAUUCCCACGCAGAAGGGGACUGGUGCAGGUCUACCAGAUUCCAAUGGAAAUGGUGCUACUAAAGGCUUGGUGGUUAAAGAUUCAUUAGAGGUUGGCACUUUUCGAGCUGAAGGUAAUCAUGAGCCGAAAAAGAGGAGGAGAAGGAAGAAAGCAACAUCAGAUCUUCCAAGCAGCAUGCUUCCUGCUAGCAUACCAGAUCUGAAUGGAACGAGUGCUGAACCGAUAGCAGUUGGAAAGGAUUUGCAGGACGCUAGUUGCCGUUCCGAGCAGAAGAAGAGAAGAAGAAACAGGGAAGGUUCUACAGGUCGCCCUAGGAAAAAACCAGCUUAUGGUAUCCCCAUAAAGAUUACAGAUCAUAGAGCGGGUAGCAAUGGGGAUGCUCUUGAGACUACUCUUAUUCUGACGUUUGCAUCAGGAGUUUCCAUGCCUUCAAAAGAAGUUUUGAUUGCAACAUUUUGUAGGUUUGGUCCCUUGAAGGAAUCGGAAACAAAGUUCUUGGAAGAUUCAGGAAAGGCACGAGUGGUUUUCGUAAGGAGAGCUGAUGCUGAAAAAGCAGUUCAGAGUAUCAACAAUAGCAACCCAUUUGGUGCAACUCUACUUGGUUUCCAGCUGCAUCAGCCAUCCACCGACUCUCUGUCUUUGGAGGGAUCUGGUACUGCUGCUAAGCCUUCUGGGUCAAUGCCUCAUCCCAAGGAACCUCUUCCCAUCGACUUUAUAAGGCAUAAUCUAGAAAUGAUGACAUCAAUGCUGGAGAAGCCAGGAAAUGAUAUUUCUCCAGAGAUGAGAACCAAACUGGAGAGCGAGAUAAAAGGCCUCCUGAAGAAGGUUAGCAACAUGCCUUGUUCUUCAGCUUCUUAGUUGGAACUCUAUAAUAAUAAUAUGCAAUCUUCUAGUAAAGUUAUUUUAUCGAAGUAGCGACCCUAUUGUCGAAUGAAUUCCCGUCUUAUUCAGUUUAGGAACCAGCUACUGCCCUCUGCCAUUCUCUUUCUGUAUGUUAUAUUGUAAGAAGGGGAACCUAUUUCCCAUUCAGUGAACUAGAUUGAGAUAGAAGCAGCGGCUGGCUAAUCGUCCAAGGGAACUUCAUAUUUAUUCUCUUUCAGUUACUUCUGUCCGGUUUCACCUGCUUUACCUUCACACUUCUGUACUCUUUUGUGUGUAAGUAACUAUGUUGUGGGAACCCUCAUGUAUGGUUGUAUGAAAUGCCUCCUUUGAGAAAUUGCUGGUUUAGAGUAUUGUCUUUU